CUCUUUCUAGGGCACCAACCGAGAGGUUCUCUCAAAAGAAAAAAAAAAGGGGGAGAGAGAGAGAUUUGGAGUUCUAGGCGAUCCGUGAGAGGCUUGGGUUGUUCGCCGUCGGGCUUGCCGGAGAAGCUCGCCGGAGGCAAGAACGCUAGUUAAUUCGUUUGUGCUCUUGUAUUCAUCUUGCUUUUCUUUGGAGAAAAUACAAUGAAGAACGGAUCAAGCAAAGCUCCAAGCGUCCCUGUUCGAAAGAUGAAAUUCGUGCCAAAAAUACCACCUCGCAAGCCUCCAAACCCUGCCGUAGUCAAAACGGAACCAUCUGAGACCAAGGAUGAUGUUAUUGAUAAGGAGCUUCUGGCGAAGCUUAACAGUGCAAAGGCUAAUGAUGCUUUUGGGAGGAGAAUGCCUAAGAAUGAGAGGAAAGGUGCUUCAUCGCGAAUUGCAUUUGGACCUGGAAGUUCCUCGCUAGCAAGGUCAUUUUCCAGAGGUCCUUUUUCUGGAAACCAAUAUCAAGAUGGUUUUGGAGCAUCAGCCCCAAAGAUAGAAAAAGAAUAUUUUGAGCCUUGGGAUUACAGUCAUUCGUAUUAUCCCGUUACUCUUCCUCUCAGGAGGCCCUACUCAGGGAACCCAGAAAUUCUUGAUGAGGAGGAGUUUGGAGAGGCUUCUGCAAGGUCAGGUCUAGAUGAAGCUGAGAUCAAUCCAGCUGAGGAGCUUGGACUGAUGAAAAAGAGGGAAGAACCACAAAUGCUUUUUUUCCAAAUGCCUACAACUCUUCCAAUGGUGAAGUCGGCCGCAGAAGCAGACACCAAAGAUAAUAUUCGCAAAAUUGACCAUGCAUUGAAGGGAUGCAAAUUGGAAGAGCUUCCAGCAGGCUACAUGGGAAAAUUAAUGGUGUACAAGAGUGGGAAAGUUAAGAUGAAGCUAGGAGAUGCGCUCUUUGAUGUUUCUCCCGGCGUGGACUGUGUAUUUGCCCAAGAUGUUGCAGCAAUUAAUACUAAGGAGAAACACUGCUGCAUCCUAGGGGAGAUUGACAAGCAUGCAGUGGUAACCCCACAUGUGGAUGCUCUGUUAGACUAUAUAGAUGCUGUGGGCUCAUCAUGAGGAUGCAGCAUUGUUAUGGGGAAGGAUGAUUAAAUUUGAAAGGAAAUUCCUCUGCAAACUAGAGGGAACCUGAACAUGGAAAACAACUCCAUGAUAAAAUGCUAUAUCUACAUUGACACCAAAAGAGCAGUGAGAAUUAGCUGCAGUGUGUUGCUAUAUUUCGUGAAUUGCACCUCCAUGUGGACUGAGAUUGCCAAGACAUAGUCACCUGAAACUUGGUUGAUUCUAGGAGACAUUGUUAUCUAUAGUUGGAGUUGGCAAAGGCAUAGCUGGUGACUUGACAUGAAUUAGUGCUUUCUCCUCACUCUGUGUGCGGCGAAGUCAACGCCUUGUAUAAAUAUUCGUAGCUGUGCAUGGCAUAUUCGACGGGCAUUAAACAAAGCUAACUAUAUAAUAGAUCAGCUCAAUGGCAAACGUAGUCUGGGGUCUAUUCGGGGAAACUUUGUUGAUCAUCGACUUGUUUAAAUCUGACCUGCUUGCAUAGAAGAAUUAAUUGAUACUCCGGUAGUCGAACCCCUCUGAACCCCUGAUUCUACGUUUGCAUGUGAGGUGGUGCAUUUUAAGUUUUUGAGCAUGGAUAAUUUUUUUUUGGAAGGAGGUUGGAUAAUUAUUGUACGGAUGGGCAAUCAAUAAGAUUCAAAAAGUUUUAUGGUAUACUUUA